CCAGCUUGUGCUCCGCGCCAGACUCGGCCCCGCCGCCCGGCUGCCCGCUCGCUGCGGCUCGUCACCUCCCGGGUCCCAGCCUACACGGGCCGGGGCCGCCGCCGCCGCCGCAGGACGGGGAGGCGGGCCAUGGCGUCCUGCGUGGGGAGCCGGACCCUGAGCAAAGAUGAUGUGAACUACAAGAUGCAUUUCCGGAUGAUCAACGAGCAGCAAGUGGAGGACAUCACCAUCGACUUCUUCUACCGGCCUCACACCAUCACCCUGCUCAGCUUCACCAUCGUCAGCCUCAUGUACUUCGCCUUCACCCGGGAUGACUCUGUCCCAGAAGACAACAUCUGGAGGGGUAUCCUUUCUGUUGUUUUCUUCUUUCUUAUCAUCAGUGUGUUAGCUUUUCCCAAUGGUCCAUUUACUCGACCUCAUCCAGCCUUGUGGCGAAUGGUUUUCGGACUCAGUGUGCUCUACUUCCUGUUCCUGGUAUUCCUCCUCUUCCUGAACUUUGAUCAGGUUAAAUCCCUAAUGUACUGGCUAGAUCCAAAUCUCCGGUACGCCACGAGGGAAGCAGAUGUCAUGGAGUAUGCUGUGAACUGCCAUGUUAUCACCUGGGAGAGGAUUAUCAGCCAUUUUGAUAUAUUUGCAUUUGGACAUUUCUGGGGCUGGGCUAUGAAGGCCUUGUUGAUCCGUAGUUAUGGCCUCUGCUGGACAAUCAGUAUUACCUGGGAGCUAACUGAGCUCUUCUUCAUGCACCUUCUGCCCAAUUUCGCUGAGUGCUGGUGGGACCAAGUCAUCCUGGACAUCCUGCUGUGCAACGGCGGUGGCAUCUGGUUGGGCAUGGUCGUUUGCCGGUUUUUAGAGAUGAGGACCUACCACUGGGCCAGCUUCAAAGACAUCCACACCACCACUGGUAAAAUCAAAAGAGCCGUGCUCCAGUUUACUCCUGCUAGUUGGACCUACGUUCGAUGGUUUGACCCCAAAUCUUCAUUUCAGAGAGUGGCUGGAAUAUACCUUUUCAUGAUCAUCUGGCAGCUAACUGAGUUGAAUACCUUCUUCUUGAAACAUAUCUUUGUGUUCCAAGCCAGUCAUCCAUUAAGUUGGUGUAGAAUUCUCUUUAUUGGUGGCAUCACGGCUCCCACAGUGAGGCAGUACUAUGCUUACCUCACUGACACACAGUGCAAACGCGUAGGAACACAGUGCUGGGUGUUUGGGGUCAUUGGUUUCCUGGAAGCUAUCGUGUGCAUAAAAUUUGGACAAGAUCUCUUCUCUAAGACCCAAAUACUAUAUGUUGUGCUUUGGCUUCUUUGUGUGGCCUUCACCACCUUCCUGUGUCUGUACGGCAUGGUUUGGUACGCAGAGCACUAUGGUCACCGAGAAAAGACGUACUCCGAGUGUGAAGAUGGCACCUACAGUCCAGAUAUCUCCUGGUCUCAUGGGAAAGGUACAAAAGGUUCUGAAGACAGCCCACCCAAGCAUCCGGGCAACAAUGAAAGCCACUCUUCCAGAAGAAGGAAUCGACAUUCCAAGUCAAAAGUCACCAACGGAGUUGGAAAGAAAUGAAGGAGCCCGGUUAAUCGCAGACGUCCCAGAGAGUGCCUAGAACCUAGAGGGAGACAGAAAGGCUUGGACCUCCCUGUCGGGAGGGCAAACAUGCGGUGCCAUUGGGACAAGGAGAGGGGACUUGGGGUCAUUAUUUGAGAGCGCGUGAGUCUUGUUUCCCACAGACCCAGCCACGUGAGGCAGGUCAGUGCCUGGGAUCCUUCGCCAGCUCGGGGUCUCCUCCAACUUCAGCACUUGGCGUGCGGUCACUGGUAGCCGUACGGAGCAUCUGCAGGAAGGGCGGCCUCUCACUCACAGCUGCCCGGAGCAGCACCGCUUGCGUGUAUUGUGGUUGCAGUUAGUUGAAACACCUUCAUUCAGACAGGGCAUUAACGGUACGUUAACACUGGUGACCAGUUUUUAUUUUUAUAAAUCUGCCUUUCCCAUUUGACUGAUUGGUUUAAGUUCAGGCCACUCUUCUGUCUUUUAUUGUUGGUAUCUUAUUUGUUGUUAAGUUAGGAUGCUUAAAAGCCUUCAGAAGCCACUGCUGAAAUUGAGUUGGGGGAAAGCUCUUCUCUCUCCUAAAGAAGAAAAUGGGGAGAGCAUUUGUGUUACUGUCUGGCAAACUCGUCCCCCUUUUAGGACCUGAAACCACACAGUGGUGUAAACCAGUCUGAGGAAAGACUGGCUACCUACAUAGGAUCCUGGGCUUCAGAUCAGAACCUUUUUUGUUUGUUCUGAAUGUCAUUUGUCCAGAGUUAUCCACAGUGCACAGAAGUGAGCCUGCUUGAGAGGCGGUGCACAUCGCAGCUUCUCUCCCAGCCAGGUGCCUUUUACAUUUUAUUUGUUUUCCUUCCAUGGUGUGUUGCUGACCUUGUCUUUUAGUCCCAUGUGAGGUGCUGGUGAGUAUUACCUUUCAUCUGUGUGCCAUGCUCUAGAACAUUUACCCUGGUAGUUCACCACCUCUGAUGGAUCCCUGUUUUAAAUAAAAUAAUACACGUUAAAGUCCAUCAAA